AUGCAGGGUCAGCCUGAGCUGGCUGAGAAAGAAGGCUCCCAGGGCUGGGGGCAGCUGGCACAGCCUGAGAACCCAGUGAGGCACCUUCCCCUCCACAUCUCCGCCCUCUCCUGGAGGAAUGUAGCUUUCCUGGUGCUUCUCUCUCUCUCUUUGGACCAGACCUCUGCGACGCUGACCAACAAAAUCCAACAGAAACCAGGAACGUGCAUCCCAGAAAGAGUCAACUGUUUCUUAAAACAGGUCAACUUCUGCCAAGCGGAUUUUGAGUGCGAGGAAUCCCUGAAGUGCUGCACUUUUGGCUGUAGGAGGAGGUGCAUGGAUCCCUAUCAAGAACCCUGCACCCUGCCCUUGAGUGAAGGGACGUGUAGGCUUAAAAUACAGCGCUGGUAUUUUGACACUAAUGAAAAUCUCUGCAAACCGUUUGCAUAUAAGAGCUGCGAAGGGAAUGCCAACAAUUUCGUCAGAAGGAUAGACUGCGAGAAAGCCUGCUUGUUAGUCGUCAAGAAAGGACAGUGCCCACUCUUUCCUUUCGAUGACCGUAUGGAGUGUCCAGCUUCAUGUAAAAGUGACAUCGAUUGUCCAAAGACGGAUAAAUGUUGCGACUCCACCUGUGGUUUUGUUUGCGCCAAGGUCUGGAAAGUCAAACCAGGUUUCUGCCCACCCAAGCCCUUGAAAUGUGAGAAGAUUCAUAAGCCCAGUUGCCUGAAGGAUGCUGAGUGCCCAUUAAUAGAAAAGUGCUGCACAGAUUGUGGACUGAAAUGCAUGGAACCCGAAUCUUGA